AUGGCCCGCUCUCUCUUCUUGACCGGUGCUGUGCUCCUUUGCAGCGGUGCGCUUUUCACGGCCUUCGUGGCCGCGCCUCGUGCUGCUCCGGCCCCAACCGCGCCGCAUGCCACCACCGCAGCCCUGAGCGCCAUGACGCUGAUGGCUCCGCAGGCAGUGCAUGCCGAGGGCGGUGCAGUGUGGAUCCCGGCGCUCUCCGCCAUCGGCGCCGGCUUCGCCAUCGGUCUCGCAGCCAUCGGGUCGGGCGUGGGCCAGGGCAUUGCCAGCGGCCGCUGCAUUGACGGCAUUUCCCGUCAGCCGGAGGUCGCGGACGACCUCCGCGGUGUCCUGCUGCUGUCCCUGGCCUUCAUGGAGUCCUUGACCAUCUACGGUGCUCCUCUUCGCCAACCCCCUCAUCAAGUGAGCAAGAAGUCAGCGGUGAAGUUCUCCAGCUUCGAGUGGGCGGAGCAUCAGAGGAUGGCCCGCUCUCUCUUCUUGACCGGUGCUGUGCUCCUUUGCAGCGGUGCGCUUUUCACGGCCUUCGUGGCCGCGCCUCGUGCUGCUCCGGCCCCAACCGCGCCGCAUGCCACCACCGCAGCCCUGAGCGCCAUGACGCUGGUGGCUCCGCAGGCAGCGCAUGCCGAGGGCGGUGCAGUGUGGAUCCCGGCGCUCUCCGCCAUCGGCGCCGGCUUCGCCAUCGGACUCGCAGCCAUCGGCUCGGGCGUGGGCCAGGGCAUUGCCAGCGGCCGCUGCAUUGACGGCAUUUCCCGUCAGCCGGAGGUCGCGGACGACCUCCGCGGUGUCCUGCUGCUGUCCCUGGCCUUCAUGGAGUCCUUGACCAUCUACGGUGCUCCUCUUCGCCAACCCCCUCAUCAAGUGAGCAAGAAGUCAGCGGUGAAGUUCUCCAGCUUCGAGUGGGCGGAGCAUCAGAGGAUGGCCCGCUCUCUCUUCUUGACCGGUGCUGUGCUCCUUUGCAGCGGUGCGCUUUUCACGGCCUUCGUGGCCGCGCCUCGUGCUGCUCCGGCCCCAACCGCGCCGCAUGCCACCACCGCAGCCCUGAGCGCCAUGACGCUGAUGGCUCCGCAGGCAGCGCAUGCCGAGGGCGGUGCAGUGUGGAUCCCGGCGCUCUCCGCCAUCGGCGCCGGCUUCGCCAUCGGACUCGCAGCCAUCGGCUCGGGCGUGGGCCAGGGCAUUGCCAGCGGCCGCUGCAUUGACGGCAUUUCCCGUCAGCCGGAGGUCGCGGACGACCUCCGCGGUGUCCUGCUGCUGUCCCUGGCCUUCAUGGAGUCCUUGACCAUCUACGGUGCUCCUCUUCGCCAACCCCCUCAUCAAGUGAGCAAGAAGUCAGCGGUGAAGUUCUCCAGCCUCGAGUGGGCGGAGCAUCAGAGGAUGGCCCGCUCUCUCUUCUUGACCGGUGCUGUGCUCCUUUGCAGCGGCUGGGGCCUCGGUGCAAGCCACUGCUCGCAUGCAACGAAGAAGUUACUUGAUGUCACUUGGUCGGUCUGCUUCUGGGUGGCAAAAGUCUCGUCGAUAGAUGUGCUAGGUGCGCUUUUCACGGCCUUCGUGGCCGCGCCUCCCACCUGGCUGCAAACAGCCUUGCGGACGCAGCAUUCGCUUUCUCGUGCGGGCUCCGUGUUGCUGACAGUGUUUGACCCGAAGCGAGUUGCAAAGCAAACGUGCAGCCCCGAGCCAGCGGCUGAAGGCGCCAUGACGCUGAUGGCUCCGCAGGCAGCGCAUGCCGAGGCAGGCGGCGGUGCAGUGUGGAUCCCGGCGCUCUCCGCCAUCGGCGCCGGCUUCGCCAUCGGACUCGCAGCCAUCGGCUCGGGCGUGGGCCAGGGCAUUGCCAGCGGCCGCUGCAUUGACGGCAUUUCCCGUCAGCCGGAGGUCGCGGACGACCUCCGCGGUGUCCUGCUGCUGUCCCUGGCCUUCAUGGAGUCCUUGACCAUCUACGGUCUUGUGAUUGCCUUGGUGCUCCUCUUCGCGAACCCCCUCAUCAAGUGA